AUGUUGAAAAAUUGUCUCCUGUAUGGUCUUUCUCUUCUUGCCAUUACAUCCCAAGUGUGUAAUGGUAGGGCGGUUGACAAAGAAAAGCGUGCCUCGGCGGCACUGGCUUGGAAGUCGUUAGGAGGUUCUAUCGUAGGCCACCCUGGCGUUAUCUCAUGGGCACCCGACCGGACAGAUGUCUUCGUCAGAGGAAGCGACAAUGCCGUAUAUCACAAAUGGCAGGCUGGCAGCCCAGGUACGGCAUGGGGCCCUAGUGACACAGGCUACCAGGCCCUCGGAGGCUCUAUUAUCAGUGACGUCACUGUAGUGUCUCGCGGUUACAACCGGUUUGAUGCCUUUGUUGUUGGUGCCGACAAUGCGUGCUAUCACGGGUGGUGGAACGGUAGCUAUUGGAGUUCAUGGGGAACUCUAGGCGGUGCCUUUGGCGGUGAUAUUAGUGCUGUAGCGUGGGGAAAUGACAGAUUGGACUUGUUCGGUCGCGGUAUAGACAAUGCAGUCUGGCACAGGGCUUGGGAUGGAGCCGCCUGGGGUGCAUGGGAGAGCCUUGGUGGUGCCAUUAUAGGAAGUCCAAAGGCAGUUUCCUGGGGCGCCAACCGACUCGACGUGUUCGCAAGAGGCACGGACAACAGUGUAUUUCACAUUGCCUGGAACGGUUCUUUGUGGUCAGACUGGUAUAACCAUGGUGGGACAGUGCUUGAAGAUAUCACGCCUGUGUCCACUGCCCCAAACAGACUGGAUCUCUUCUUUCGUGGAGGAAAUAACGCUCUGUUCCAAAAGACGUGGAAUGGAGUAGCUUGGAGCGAUUUGAUCAGUCUGGGCGGAGUUAUUAUGUCCCGGCCAUCGGCAACAACCUGGGGAGGUAAGUAUAUCACGGUUGCGGCACAAGGUGCGAAUAAUGCUGUGUACCUGUUGGAGUUUAACGGAAACUCUUGGGGAGACUGGCGAUCUAUCGGUGGCGUGGUGACUGAAGCACCAGUGAUUAAUCCGCUUGGUUCUGUCAACGCGGCCAUCUUUGCGAGAGGCCCCAACGCUGGCUUAUUUGUAUACGAGUAA